AUGUAUGAAUAUGUUAAUCCAAAACUACUUAAUCUAAGUCAUAAGGAAGUUGAUUUUGAUUCUGAAUACUGGCAAGAAAUUAGUAAUAAUGAUCAAGCUGAAACAAAAAAACAAAGACCUAUGCUAACAUUAUUGUAUGGUAAUUUAAUUAUAAGUAAGGGAAUACAUAAUCAUUUGCCACCACCACCUGAAAGAACUCCAAAUGAAAUUAAAGAUGAUCUUUAA